AAGUGUUUCCAUUGACAUAAGAGCUCUCCCAUGGAAACCAAACAGGUGCGGCACCUACGCCAGGUGUAUUUGACUAUCAAAUAGCAGAGAGACGAGCUUUAGCCUUUACCAAACAGAGAAAAACUACAGAAAAGAGGAAUCAGACCAAAUUCACAGGGUGUUUUUUAACAUCGACAGCCCGAUGACAGCCGACAGAAGAUGAACUGGGGAUUUCUGGAGAACGUGUUGAGCGGAGUAAACAAAUACUCGACAGUCAUCGGACGGGUUUGGCUCUCCAUCCUCUUCGUAUUCCGGAUCCUGGUGUUCGUGGCCGCCGCCGAGCAGGUGUGGAAGGAUGAGUUUAAAGAGUUUGUGUGCAACACACAGCAGCCGGGCUGCGAGCAGGUCUGCUUCGACCAUUUCUUCCCCAUCUCUCAGGUGAGACUGUGGGCUAUUCAGCUGAUCACGGUCUCCACACCGUCGCUGUUGGUGGCGCUGCACGUGGCUUACCGAGAACACCGCGAGAGCAAACACAAGAGACGACUCUACGAGAGCACGAGCAGCAUAGACGGAGGUUUGCUCUUCACUUACAUCAUGAGUUUGAUCCUUAAAACCACAUUUGAGGUGGCUACUCUACUCGGUUUCUAUUUCCUGUACAGCGGCUUUAACGUUCCUCGAUUACUCCAGUGUGAGGAGAGCCCCUGCCCCAAUACUGUGGACUGCUAUAUCUCUAAAGCCACGGAGAAAAAAAUAUUUCUGUAUAUUAUGGGAUGCACAUCUGUACUCUGCAUCGUACUGAACAUGGUGGAGAUGCUGUACAUUAUAUCUAAACAGUGUUGGAAGUGUUUCAGUAGGAGGUAUAUUUCUGUGAACGAAAGAGUCGUCCGUCGCAGUCGACCUCCGUCUGUGGCGACUGUUGGUUCAGCCGCCCCAAAGCUUUUAUCAACAUCUAAUGAUGGUGGCCUGCAUUCAGCAUCAACAGAGAAAGAAAACCCAACCUUUAAUGCCACAUCAUAGACGGACUGUUGUGAUUAUUUUAAGUGAAAGGUGCCUACGUCGCAGUGGAUUAAACCAGGAAAAAUAAAGUGUUAAGAUUUCUAAAGACUUGGUGGGGCAAGUCCAUCCUUUGUGCAAAAAAGCAGUCAUGGACAGAUUAGCAGCCAGACUGAUAACAAACAUCGUCUGUUACAACACAAUCUCACGUGAAUUGGUAUUAAAGGAACAGUAUGUAAGAAAUUUAUAUCAAUUAAUCAUAAAAUGGCCCUGAUAUGUUAGUAGACAUUAAGAAAUCAUUUUCAUUUCAAAUACUUAUAUCACUGACAACAGUGAUCCGGCCUGGAUAUUGUCAUUUAAAAAUUGGAGUUGCAGCCCGCAACUGAUGUUUAUGUUGUCAUUUUGUGUGUUGGCCACCAGGGGCCCGUUCUUCGUACGUCGCUUAAUACAUCCGAGAUCAAAUGAGACAUCCGAGAAGUUUAGAUCUGGCUAAUUAUAAUCUCGUUUAUUUGGUUCUUUGAACACCACUGCUGUUGAUGAUUAUUAUGGCAGGAUUGAAUUAUCUGAGAUCACUGCGCGUUCGUAGCCUAGAAAUCUAGACGCACCCUAGCGGCCGCAAAAUAUAUUUGCUGCCAGGGUUUAGUCUAGGCACUCACAAUACACUUAACAGCUCCAAAAACCAAAAUUUGGUCAGGCCAAUCACAUCGUGUGUAGCGUCUGUGGGGCGGGCUUAAGAUGAUGACGACAGAGCUGCAACGGUUCCUACUUGAAAACAAAGAAGGGCUGCUGCUGCUGGCGAGCAGCUUUCUUUUGAAGCGGCUUUGGCCGCGACUCUGGAGGACUUAGACUUAUGUUUUUCUUUGAGAGAAGAGCAAAUAACCCUACUGAAGUCCUUUUUAAGCAAGAAAGAUGUGUUUGGAGUUUUGCCAACUGGUUACGGUAACUACGUCACCUUCUUCGUUGCUCUGAUUGGUCAUAGCGCUAUCCUAUUGCGUGCAGAGGCAUUUUGAGGGACAAACUUAUAUCCCGCCCCUUGCAUUGAGCCGUUUGUGUGAAGAGUUGCCAGACCUUACAUCUUGAUGUAGGUCUGGCUAACCAGGCUAGCGCGUUCGUGCACUGCAAGAAAAGUCAAUACAUAUCGAUAGUAGAAACACUGAUCAGCCACGCUGUGAUUGGCCAGUUGUUACAAUGGCCAAGAACACGCCCAUUUUUAACCCCUGCAGUCUGAGAGCUAUUGAUGGAAGGUUGUGAACUUUUUAUGUGACUAAAUUUAAAAACCCAGUUAAAGCUACUUUAGUACAUAGAUCACCAUAAAUCAUUCAAAAUUUUCUGUAAAAAUAUAAUCUUGAUAUCUUUACUAUGCUUGUCAAAGAUUGAAAUUAAUGAUUGUAAUUAAAAUUUGAUGCUCCUAAAGUACUUUAAGUCUCUUUUAAAAACAGUUAAAUGCUAUUUUGUCUGUUUGUAACAGCAACUUAAAAAGCAGAAUAAAAAAACACAGGUGGUGGCCCUCCAUCUUCAUGUGAUGUGCUGGCAGGAGUGAUGUCUCUAAACUGGCUGAUUGUACAGAUAAUCUCUGGAGCAGUUGCUCUUUCUUAAACCGACAGCCAAUGCAACAAUUUAAUUCCUGAUAAAUAAAAUUUUAAUUGUAGUGUAUUAUAAGAUAGUGUUUUCCUCUCUUUUGUGCAGUUGUAGAUAAUACACCAACACUUUUAGCAGUUUCCAAUAAUGUGGUAAAUAAAGUAUGAUGUGCAGUAAGGGAAUGGUAAUGUUAUUCUACAUCAAAAGAUUAUAAAAUACAACCGUUUCUGAUAGCAAUGCACAUGACAGUAAAGAAAUCCUCUCAGAUGGUAGUCCUUUAGAGAAACUAUAUGCAAGUGGUUAAAUAAGUUUACUUCAAUUGCAUUAUUCUUAACUGAUUUCUGACUAUAUUAGCAGUAUUCCACGUUAACCGAAAGUCCUGCAUCUGCACAGAAAAGUGUAGUAAAGCAGAUAAAGAUAUGUGAAAAUAUGUGCAAAAAACUUAUUUGGUUAUUU